AAGCCGAUUUGGUUAAAAAAAUAAAAAAGUAAAAACUGUAUGUGACGUAUGGGGAGAAGAUCAUCUGCGCACGUUUUCUUGAGUUACAGAAUUACUUACUUCGAACCGACACCGACACAUAGCGAACACACACGAAAUGCAUACAAACUGCAAGUGCAACACCAAGUCAAUAAGCAGCAGGGAAAUGAAGCCAUACCAAUAUAUUCUCUCUGGUUGGGGCAAAGGCUGUAUACCUGCUAUAUACUCUCUGGGGUAGACCAGUGGUAAGAUGGCGGUUAGGUUGAAUUGAGAAAGUAAGAAUGGAUCAAAAAGCAUUAUAUGCUUUUAGAGGAUGGAUUGCAUUUGUAGCGUUUAUGGAUUUGGGUAAUGCUGUUAGGUCUUACAUAGAGAAACGCUCAUACCUCGGAGAAAUUACGGGAUUGUUAUCAGGUUGGUUGAGUGCGUGCGAAAGAAGAUGCCUUACUUCCGCGAGUUCUCGGCGUGUACUCGAUAUUAAAAGCAGUGGCAUUAAUUCACUGCACAUUGUUUAUACACUAUAAACCUGUUGUCAGUUUAGGAGAAUUUGCAUUAUUGAUUACAAUUCUGUUGCAUUUCUCUGAAGUUUUUUACUUUCAAUCGAUUGCUCCCACCUUUCAUGUCGUCUUUCAAUCAAUAUUGAAUGGAAUAACACUUAUGGGACUAGUAUUUUUACCCAAGAGGUUACUGGAGCCAACACCAGUCAUUGAAGAUGAGAAUACAGAACUUUUGAAGCAAGCAAAUGUUUUUAAGAGAAGACGCAAUAAAAAAGCUACGUAACUGUAGUCUAGUCUACUUUCAGCCUAAAAUGCCAAUUUUAUUGCCUAUCUCCUCUUUGUUAGAUUUUCCAUUAAAUGCUGUUGUAGUCAUGUUUUUGCAUGUAGGCAGUUCUGACAUGAAUAUGCUGAAUUAUCCAUCCAAUUGUUAAUUUAUUAUCAAUCAUUAAUCCUAAGAGGGGGCUCAUGAGGCUUCACUCAGCCUCUAGACAUUAAUGAUAUGUAUUCACAGUUUUUACAAAUUUUUUACAGUAAGUACAUGAAAGUAAUUCAGUAACUCGAUUACGAGAUAAACAAAUAUAAAUUAUCAACUACAAAUACUUUUUAAAUUCUGCAUAAAUAAAAAUACUUUGUAAGAAAACAUCAAGUAGAUUGGUUUCAAACCUAUAGCCAUUCCCCCUCUAAAAAAUUGCGGGGUGCACCACUUAAUUUUAAAGCAGAAUUAACACACAUUAUGGCUCUUCCAUUAUGAUAUUGAAUGAGGGACCGAAGAUUUUUUAAUAUAUACCUGUAAUCUUUCUGAAAUAUCUUUCAGGGUGUGUUUUAACAUGAAAUAAAAUUUCUUGUAAUCUCAUUGUGUAUUAGUUCUUUGAAAGUCCCUACAUACACCCUAAAAUGUAAACAACCUUAGAGAAGAAUGACCAUUUUAAGUGUAAAGUUGAAAUGCUAUUAAUUUCAAUCAUGGGGCUUUGAAGAACGGUAUAAAUUAAAUUUAAUUAAAAACACCACUUCAUUGUUCUUGUUAACAUCAUUUUCAUUUCAAAACUUUAAUUACAUCUCUUGCUACUUCAUUUGUGUGGGAAAGUCGUUCUGAUACUGCAAGACUUGUAAUAGUUUUUAAAGUGGCAAAAAGGAUUCAGGUCAACUGUUCAUCUGCUUAUCACAAAGGAUUAUCCAGGCAUUUGAGGACAGGAUCUCACUAUUUCUAGCCCUCAUCUGCUUUGUGUCCAUUAUUUUGAUCUCCAUCAAACACUGCGCUCUUUCAUUUUAUGCUGAGUGAACUUGAAGUGAGAAAUGUGAACUCCGGGACAAAGCAUCGAUCUUCUUGCUACUUGAAAGCUACACUGUCUCUUUAAUUCGAUCUUUCCUUUCUUUAAGAACACCUUGGAGUUUAUUGGACUUCGACUCCAACAAGGUUUUCUUGUCGCAAAUGUUGUGCCUCUCGCAUACCGCAUUACUGGACGUAAAUGUCCGACAGAUUGACGGACAUCCCGUGGUUCGUUCUCUCAAAAACCGGGAGAGGCUACAUAAUACCAAAGGUCUGUCGUAUUGUUUGACUUUCUUCACAAAAAUGCUGCAUGCACUCAUAGAAUUGUACAGUCUACUUUUUAUUAAAAUACCAAAUGCACACAUGUUGCAACUGGAGGAUAAUUUCCACAUUUUGGGGACAGUUGUAACUAAAGUUUUGCAUGGUCCAUACACGCAAGCUGCAGACAUUCUUGCACUACAAACUGUUCACGACACUGGACGGAUGAUAUCAAUGGUUUAGAGAAGCAUCCGGACAUUCAAUGUUCAAUGAAAAUCCUUAAUGACUUCAAAACACUUGAUAAUUCCACGGCAUGAAGAAUAACUUCAAUUUCGAGUUUAUGUUAACGAUUGUAUACUUCAAGCAUGUACAGCACGUAAUAGAUAUAGGCGCCAUCAGCAGAGCCGGUUCACUCAAU